CGCAGAGUCCUUUUUCUUUGCAAACGGUUUCAAGGACAGGAAGGAAGGCAUGUUUCCAAUAAAGUUGUUGGAAGCAUUUGAAAUGUUAUUUGAAAGCAACGAGCCCAGAGCCCAGACACGGGCAUUAAACUGGCAAGAAAAAUAUGUAGAGUUCCUUUAAAUUCCGUGUCUUUUGGUUGGGAUCAACUAGUCAAUUAGACAAAAGGAAAAAAAAAAAAAAAGGGAGCAGGAGGAGGAGGAAAUGUGUUUGGUAACAAGCUUUGAGAAAAGAAAGAACGACGAGAGAAAAGAAGGGCCCCUCCUCCUCCUCCUCUUGCAAGUAGAUCAUUUGCAAAGCAACGAAUUUCAGAGGUGUGAAGGUGUGAUAAAUUUUGUUGCCAGUUCCAUCCUAUUGCCCAACUCAGGAUUUUGUCCCUGCGCGCCCUUGGCCUCCUUCCUUCCUCCUUUUUUCGCUUUGGUCGGCCUGGACUCUGCCCCAUCCAAGCCCACAUUGCUACGCAGCCGCACAUGCUGAGAGAUCUUUCUCCCCGAAAAUGACCAAGGCCGUGGUGGUUCGUCCUUUUUUUUCCCUUUUGGCUCCAAACGUUCUCGCCCAAAAAAAGACCGCGGAGUCGGGCUUUGGAAUAUGGGAAUUUGAUGGAGGUGGAAAACCGCCCGUAAUAGACACUUUUUAAAACGUCCAGUUUGCAACUUGCUAUAAAAUCCUGCUGUUUUUGCCAUUCUCCCUUUCGUUUGUAACUGGGUGACUGCACGAUAAGGUUGCAGGAUGCGUUUCUUUUCUCUAACCCAGUGCACAUGCGCCCUCCUUUUGGCCAUCACUUUGCUGCCAUACCUCAGCUGUGCCCAAGAAUUCCGCUCCAUUGAUGGAACAGGCAAUAAUGCAGACAACAAGGCGUUUGGAAGUGUCAACUCAACAUUUGCGAGAACCUUGGGGGGGUAUAAUGCCAAUGCUUUGACGUCGGGUUUGCCGGACGCCCGCGCCAUUUCUAAUGCCCUCGCGGGUGUGGUUGCGCCGAUAGUGAGUCCGAGAAAUAUUACAGAGUUGUUUACAUAUUGGGGAGAAUUCAUGGCGACUGAUCUCUCGCAUAUCAUCCGAUCAUCAAAACCAACCAACGCGACUUUCACUUUACCUGCCAAUGGACCAUUGCCUCCUGCACCCGCAAACGAAUCAUUUACGUUUGGUGCAACUGACAGUACCAACAGCGCUCCGCCGGACCAAAUCAACCAUGCAACAGCAUUCCUGGAUGCUUCCAACAUUUACGGGACCGAUCCUGCCGUGCUGGCCAGCCUCCGGGCUCCUGGUGGCAAACUGGCGCUUCGGUCUGAUCGACUACCGCUUGUCGUAAACGGCACCAACGACAUCCGCACGCAGACGGUUCGAAUUAAUGGGGGCCUCCCAUUGGACGUUUUUGGCUUUGGCCUAGUGAAUGGGAAUACAAGUCCCAUGUUGCAGUGCCUGUACAUUAUUUUUAUGCGUGAGCAUAACCGUUACGUGGACGAGCUUGUACGAAACGGAACAAAGGCGAAUGACGAACAAUUAUUUCAGCUGGGACGCCAGCAUGUCAUUGCGCUUAUUCAACACAUUUCGUACUACGAAUACAUUCCGGUGCUGUUUGGGGCAAAUCUGUUGACGAACCCGGCUUAUAACCGCGCUUUGGAUCCCGCGAUGGAAGCACUUUUCUCUACCGUCGCAUUUCGCUACGGGCACAUGGAAGUCACAUCUACGCAGAUCAUGCUCAAAGAUGGCAAGCCAACUGAAUUCAAUCUGGUCGACGUUUUCUACAAUAUCCAACCUGUGCUCCAGCACGGCAUCUUCCCAUUUUUCGCUGGCAUGACCAAACGAAGCCAGCUUAUUCCAAAGCUGUACGUUGUCCCCGAACUCCGAAAUGUACUCUUUGGCAAUCGACCGAUGGACCUAUUCGCCAUUGACAUUCAACGUUCCCGUGAGUUUGGUUCGCCGUUAUAUAACGAUGCUCGAAGAGCUCUCGGUCUCGCCCCUGCAGUAGACUUUACAGAUGUCACCAAGAACCAAGCUAUUGCAUCAACCCUACGAACGCUGUAUGCAGGCGAUAUCAAUAAAUUGGAUGCUAUCGUGGGCGGACUUGCGGAGGAUCACUCCCCGUCAAACAAUAUUGGCGACUUGUUCACAAAGAUUUUGAUCUAUCAAUUUACAAAGACCAGAGAUGGGGACCGAUUUUGGUUUGAGAAUGACGGUGUGUUGACUAAAGAGCACUUGGACGAAGUUCGGCAUACGUAUUUCCGUGAUGUGAUCGCUCGGAACGUUCCAGAGAUACCCCAAGAGACUGCCCAAAAAAUGCUUCCACGCAAUCUAUUUCAAAUCACAAAUGAUGCGAGUCUGGAUGGCGGUAUCCCGAACGGAUUUGCGUAUUCAAAGUCAUAUCUUGACAAUAGAUAUCGGUUGUCAUGGAACAUUAACGACCGGGGCGGAAAGUCUGAAACUAUUCGCGGAUUGUUGGAGUGCGCCUCUGAAGGCUGGUGUGGCCUAGCGUUUGGGGAGGACAUGACGGUCGCUGAAUUCAUGAUUGUUCGUCCGGCGUCGAAUGGGUCGCUCAUUUUGGAGGAGCGUGAUAGUGGUGGAGGUUUUGUCCGACCGGUCAUGACGACUCGCCCACCCCUUGUGCAAGUCAUUUCCAGCAGUUUCACAGGAGGCAUCAUGACACUUGAAUUCCAAAGGGCGGUUCGUCGCGGUCAAGCUAGUUACAGUGAAGGAGGUGCUCUGCCAAUUCUAGCCGCCUAUUCUCCUCAAAAGGCCGUCGCCACGAACAACGACGAGUGGUUCCAGUUUCAUCAAACGAACCGACAACGGAUUCGAUUAAACUUUGCAACAGGGGAGUCGACUGUCUCGGACAAUGUAACACCCAGGCGAAGUGUGCAUGGUAUAGGAAUGGCCCUUAUUUGGGGCGUUGUCUUCCCCUUUGGAGUGUUUUGGUCCAGAUAUUUUAGGCAUCUUCCUGGGUGGAUGCUCGUUCACAUCCUACUUCAAAGCAUUGGUUGCAUCGCCGUCAUUUUCUUGGCAGCUAUUCCGCUUAUCGAUCCGCAAAACAUGGGGAUUACGACCAAUGCACCGCAUUCGUACAUUGGGAUUAUCCUCCUCGUUUUAGUCAUCAUUCAGUUGUUAUUGGGAGGAUUCAAUCGACAGCGUCUUCGAUGGGAGAAGCUGCGUGAUGCCUCUCACUACAUUAGGGUAGCCCACCAUUGGGUCGGGCGUGGUAUGAUUUUGCUGGGACUUGCAAAUAUCGGAUUUGGGCUUCGGCGCAUCUAUCCCAACAAAGACCCGUCGGAUGGUAUCUGGUUGGUAUACUAUGUGGUCUUGGUAUUUUGGGCUGCUCUCUUUGCCGCUCUCGAGGUGUUCUUCCGCUUCAAGGUCCGCGCAACCCGCCCUGAUGGACCGCAAAUGCCUGUGCCUAUUAUGCAGCUCGAUGAGAAUGGAAAAGACGGCACUCUUACUGUGAUUCCCACUGUAACCCCCGUCAUGGCCGCCAUGUCUGCGCCGGUGCCGAUGAAAAGGGACCCAAAAGAUCUCGAAAAGCAGCCACUCUUGAGAAGUUUCACGUGGAAGGAUAUUGACGACGCCGUCAUUGGAGGCGAGCAUUUGGUAGUCGGAAAUGGACGCUGGGUAUAUGAUAUCCGACCCUGGCUCGCCCAUCACCCUGGUGGCCGACUAAUUUUGGAUACUGUGAAUGGAACCGACAUUACGAUUGAUUUCUUUAAUGAAUCAGACUUUGAUGGUAACCUGGGACUGCAAGCAACAAGCGGUAGAUCAAACGACCAAGAGAAAGAAUUUAGGGUGCUUCCCAAUGCAUUGGUACGGAACGGUACACCAAACGGGGAUCAUGAAGCAUAUGACGAAAGUGACUCGGUCAUCAAAGUGAAUCCUUUAUUGCACAAACCAUUUACGACAUCUGGACCUAUCGUUCACCAUGAACUUUCUGUGGAAACCUUGAGAACGAACAGCGAGGAAAAAUCUGAAGAAGAGAGCGAACAUUGGAUUCCGCCGCCGGAUAUCAAAGCAGAUGAAUGGAAGGCAGUUCGAAGAGCUCGAUGGACGCAUGCCCACAGCAAAUACGCCGCUGAAAAGCUCAUUGGAUUCAUUAUCGGCGAGAUUUCAUGCCCAAAAGUUCCAUCAAAGUUUUAUGAUUCGGCGGAUGGGUCACGAUCUUUUGAUCCAUACGAGUACCGUCGAUAUGCAAUGGUCCAUAAACAGCUAGUGACUUCCAAAUCAGCCAAACGUGCAGUUUACCGUGUCAAAUUCGCGCUGUUAUAUCCUUUCCAAGGGUUGCGUGAGAAUGAGCCAACAAGUUUUCUUCCGGGGCAGUGCGUAGAAAUUGCCGAUCGCAUCCAAGGACAGAUUGUCACACGGUUUUAUACGCCUGUCUCUGGCAGUCCUAGUUGCUUUGAAGUGUUGAUCAAAGUCUAUCCGGAAGGAUUGAUGGGACAGCAUAUCCACAAGCGCAAACCAGGCGACCGGCAGCUUAAGGUUCGUGGUCCAUUUGCCGAGCCUUUGAUCAACCCUCACCCGCCAUUGAGAGGAUUGCAUGCGGGAUGCUGGCAAACUUUGGUCCUAGUGUGUGGAGGCGCUGGGAUUUCACCUGGGUUGCAAUUUGUCAAGGAGUACUUGUUACCUGUUGGCAAGACCUUGGUUGCGCGUGAAAGAUACGUACCCUGUAUGGAGGAUGAAAUUGCUUUGGAAUUGGGAGACCGCGUCAGAAUUAUGCAGUAUGGUGUGGAUGGGUGGGCAACCGGGCUGAACCUAAAUACUGAAGAAGAGGGUUUGUUACCAUUGUCGCUCAUGACUCCACCCGCAGGCGUAUCAUCGCGAAUACUUCUCCUCAAUUGCGCCAGCACGCUCGGCGACAUUACCAGUCGCGAAACACUCCAACCCGCUGCCCUUGCCUACCCCGACAUCCUUCACAUCCACAAUUUUGUCUCCGACUCGUCAAAUCUUAAUGUUGACGCCCACGCAAUUGUAGGCAAUGUCCAUUUUGGACGCCUGACGGAACAAAGUGUGCGUCAGCUUGUUGGACCCGUGUGGGCAGGAGCUGAUGAGCAGAGUCGCAAGGUGGUUAUUUGUGGUCCGCCGAGCUUGGAAGGAAUGGCAUAUGAUGCAUUAUUGGAAGGAUUGGAUAUCGAUAGGGACGAUAUUGUCGUGUUACCCCCCGAUUCUUACCACAUGGGUGUCCAGCAAUAGCAUGGCGUGUGUGGUAGAUUGACAUUUUCUUUUUAUGUAUCAUGAGUGGUUUUUUUGUUUUGGUUUGAUGUAAUAUAUCUUGAGCAUACAGUUUUGAAAAAAAAGUUUGGAAUGACACAAAAAGAGCAUGCAAUCG